AUGGAUGAAAACAUAGUGAACAAAGAAGACAAUAUUUUGCAGAACAAAGCGCCAGAAAAAGCUGAUACAGAUAGCCUCGUUGAAAAAGACGAUAUUAUAGACGUUUUGCAUGUUUAUCCAUCGAAUAACGACAGCAAAGAUAGUUUUUUAAGAAAUAUUGAUGUUAAAGAGUUUACACCUAGUUUAACUAGUUAUAACCGCAAAAGAUUAUGGUCCUUUUUCCGUUCUUCAGUAAUUAAUAUGUUUCUCCCUUUUUUAAAUGGUGUUUUCUUAGGAUUUGGUGAGAUUUUUGCACAUGAGGUUGCAAGUAGAUGGGGGUUUUUAACUCCUAGAGUAUAA